GCUGUUGCUUCACCAUUGUCAAACGCGCCGGCCAGGUAGCGUAGAUUCCGAUAGUUUGGUCAUUUCGAAGCAGAAAAAAAAAUCACUUUCCUUACAGAACACUAUUCAAAGGUUACAAACAUCAAAUAACAUGGAUUCUGCCGGGGCAAGAAUCUUAGAAAUUCUCAACCUACCGCCGAUGAUGCGCUGUCCUGAACUGGGCCUUCUCAUCGACCGCGCAAGUCUGAAAGAGCUUCAGGACAUCUAUCCUCUGUUGAUCAACUCAAUAUUUGGCAUUAACACUGGAACCGGUUGGGGUUUCCGAACAAUGACACGAGAUACUCACCCGCAUGAUUUUGAUGUACUCUACAACUUCUUCAUUCCCAUCGGGGGCCCAAUGUUUCGGCUGUGCUAUCGUUUGCUAAACGACUCCCUGAAAUAUGAGCUUCCCAUUUCAUAUCUUCCGCCUAAAAUGCAACAGAUGCUAGAAAGUGGUCGUUAUUCUGCGUUUUAUAGUGAUAUUAUCAAUGUCGAUCCUUUCAGAAGACAGAUUGUAUCACUUGCCUUGAAUGCAUUCGACUACUUUAUGUUUUUCUUCGUGCUGCAUGGCAUAGUUUCUCCGCAACAACUUUGCCCAGCUGCCUUAACGCUCGGCAAUGAGAAAGCCAAAACGCUGUACCUUAUUCUGACUGCAGAAUAUCUGUGCACAUUUUUACCAAGCCACCCGGAUUCGAUCGUGUUGCCUCAAAUCGUAUGUGGUAGCAUAAAAGUAUCUUCGCCUACCACUAUUCCAGUGAUGCAACCGACCAAAUCACCAAAAUACCUUCUGAUGUCGGCGAUUCAUCAUCAUGCUCCUGCUACGGCUCCAUCCCACCAGCGAACAGUGGCAAACAACAGCAUAGAAUCUUCCCGCGCGUACUGUUGGCGAUCGGAAACCGUGCUUUACGUUUUCAUAGACUGUUGGCUCCGGCUCGACGUAGAUGAUUCUCGUGAACUUCCUGGUAACGAGUUUAUCCGGUGUGUUCGGAUUCUCAUUAAACAACUGCACGCCUUUGGCAAUAGUUCAGAGCUAGACAACACCUCGAUGGCUCUACUUCGGCAGUCAGCGCAGCCACUUAUGAAUGCCAGAAUUUACGGAUUCCUUAAAUCAUUGAUUGCUCGUUGGCCCUUGGACAGCUCGUUUUCCGAUGUGCUUGAGCUGUGGCUUAGCUACAUUCAACCGUGGCGAUAUACUUUCAAUCGAGAUUUGAGUAUCAACUCGGAGAUACCCAUUACACCCAGGCAUGAGAGUUUCAUCGUCGACAAUUUGAUUGUGUACACGCAAAUAUUCGUUCAAUUGAUUCCGCGUUUCGAGCGGAUGGAUUUGACUACGCUCAGGAAUGUCUUGAUGCUGUUCCGGUUGCUGAAAGUGUUUAGCCAAUGCAAUUUGAUCGAUUUGCUGAAUCAAAAUGAAAUCGUAAUGUCAUCGAAUAACAAUGCCAAUUCUACGUUCAACAUUUCCGGCAACUCGAAUCGAAGUGUGUGUAAUAUGAGCCCGAGUGGCGGCCUGAACCGGUCCAGCGGCGAAUGGAAAUCGUUCAAUUCGAGCGGCGGUCGACCGGGCACACCGGGAAAUCGUUCGACCGGCGAGGUAAACGAAGACAGUUAUGUGUUCCUGUUUGGGGAUCAUUUUACCACAGAAAUCGAGGAACUGUUGAAGAAGAUUUACGUUUCGUCCCUAAUCGCAAGGGAGAAUUUACGGAUUGUUCAGCAGGAGAAAAGUAACCGCUACCAGGGGAUACUCAAGUAUGUGCAUAAAAUCGUAGGAUAUUUCGAUUACGAUCCCGUUUAUGCGGCUAUGCUGAACGAUCGACAGAAGAUUCCGGAAAUUUUGGAUGUGGCACUGCAUUCACUCGCAAGGAUGUUUCAGAUUCCUCUCACCGAAGAACUAUUCCGAGGAGAAUCGAUGCAGGUCGAUGCCCCAUCACUGGCGGAGCAAACAGCAACCAGCACCAUCUGGGAUGUCACGAUGGAUUCAACACACUCGUCCCAAUCGUUCUCCAUAUCGCCACAGGUGAUGAAACAUCGCAAAAACUUACUGCGCUAUACAGGCGAUCCGGCAUUGCUGCCCAUAGGCGGAACCGAGUUUACCUUCUUGGUUCGAUUCCUGCACCAGUUGUCGUGCAAGUUGAAUCUGAUGUUUGGCGGUGAAAUGGACGAACUGUGGCAUCGCAACGAUAUUUGGGGCAAACUGAGCCGCCAAGUGCUGAGCCCUCCGAUGCUUACGCAAACAUUCGAUAAAUCGCAAGGAGUGUGCGUGCUGAAACAGGAUACGUUGGGCCCUAGAAUAUGCCUUCGCCUGCUGGCUUCCUACAAGUCCUCGCUGGUGAUCCUGUGCUCUUUCCUGUUCGGUUAUUUGGUAUUCAAUGCUCCGAGCUACGGGUUUAUGUUGCUUGUGACAAUCACGUUUAUGUAUUUGCUAAUCAAAUCACUUUUCGGUGACGUAAGAUCGGUUCGAAUAGACCCAAGGAUAUCGGAUCGAACAGGUUAGUUGAAAUUGUUUCUUAUCUUUUAAAAAUAGCAUUUAUUUGAAUAAUUUUUUAUUAGAAUAAAAAUAUUCAGAGAGAAAUUUUGCUAUGAUCAUGGAAA